AUGUGCGCGGGGGCCAUGGCGCUGUGGCGGGGGCUGCGCUGCUGCCGCCGCGCCCUCGCCUGGCUGCCCGUGCUGCUCAUCGCGCUGCUGCUGCUCUGGUCCUACUACGGAUACGUCUGCGAGCUCUGCCUCGUGACUGUGAGCAACCCUGUGGAGAAAGUGGCCUAUCUCGUAAUAUUCCAUAUUCUCUUUGUGCUCUUUGUGUGGACAUACUGGAAGUCUGUUUUCACUCUCCCAGUGCAGCCAGACAAAAAGUUCCACAUGUCCUACGCUGACCAGGAGCGCUACGAGAACGAGGAGAGGCCGGAGGUGCAGAGGCAGAUCCUGGCCGAGAUCGCCAGGAAGCUGCCGGUGUACACGAGGACCGGGAACGGAGGUAUUCGGUUCUGUGACAGAUGCCAGCUGAUCAAACCUGAUCGUUGUCACCACUGCUCCGUCUGUGCCAUGUGUGUGCUAAAAAUGGAUCAUCAUUGUCCGUGGGUGAAUAACUGCAUUGGAUUUUCUAACUACAAAUUCUUUCUACUGUUCUUAGCCUAUUCUUUGUUGUAUUGCUUGUAUAUUGCUGCAACAGUCUUCAAGUAUUUCAUUAAGUAUUGGACAGGUGAACUGACCAAUGGCCGUUCCAAAUUUCACAUCCUUUUCCUCCUCUUCGUGGCAAUCAUGUUCUUUGUGAGCCUCAUGUUUCUGUUUGGGUACCACUGCUGGCUCGUCAGCAGAAACAGAUCCACCUUAGAGGCUUUCUCAGCUCCGGUGUUUCAAAAUGGCCCAGAUAAAAAUGGAUUCAAUCUUGGCUUUGUAAAGAAUCUUCAGCAAGUGUUUGGGGAAGAAAAAAAGCUCUGGUUGCUGCCUAUUGCCUCAAGCCAGGGGGAUGGACAUUUUUUCCCCAUGAGAGCCUCGUGCGAAGCUCGGAACCCUCUCCUGGCAAAUGAGGAGCAGUGGGAGGAGGAUGGAAUAGAUGAAGAGCCCCAGGGUUCUGGUGAGGCCUCAGCCCUUGUCAUAGAAAGGGAGACAUAGCAGAGUGAAGAUGCAGCUGGAUAAAGCUUGAGCACAAAGCUUCCCUCUCAGGAGCCAACACCUUCUCUUGACAUGGACUUCACAUUUGAGGGGCAGAAAACAAGUGGAUCUUCAAGAUGAGAAAACAUCCUGAAGUAUCAUCUGACUGGAGUCUGCAUCUGAGAGCACUUCUCCAGAAAUCCUGCUGUCCAGAUGGCCCAAGGCUUUAUCAGUUUAAAUUACAGAGUUAACAGAACAGUUUUACAGAGUGAUUGUGGCCAAUCUUCUUUGGCCUGCUCUCUUUAUUUUAUAAAGACUAUCUAUUUUUUAUGCAAAAAAAAAAAAAAAAAGGUAAAAAUGUUGAUGAGAGUGCACUUCCAAAGGCCUUUUCAUUUUGCAAACAUCAGGGACUCGGGGUCUUGAAAUUCUACCAAGCCAUAAUAUUCUUGGGGAUGGUUAUUUAUUUUAUUUUGAGGCUGAUUCUCCAACCUUCUCUGACAAGUGGCAUUUUCUACUGUGGCUGAAGUUCUGAGUCAGUUCAGCCCAGUGUGAGAUGGACCCAGUUAAAUCUGGCACUAAAUUGGUAGCUGGGUGUAAGUGUUGAAAGAAAAAGUGCUGAACGUGCACACAGACAUGUGCAGCUGUGAAUGCAAAUAAAAUACUCCCAUUGCCAGUAUCAAGAUUCAAGAAUAUUGUGGCCAUAGAUUUUUUUAAAAAACUUUUUUUAGGAGGGUGUUAUUGUCUUAGAGUUUGGUUAUAGUGCUCUUUGCCCAGUCCAACUUGCAGGCACCUAAAAUGCAAACAGGAACUUCAGACAGUCAGUUCAGUUUGCAUUCAUUCCUGGGGCCAAAAUGUCCACUCGUUGCUGGAUCGGUGUUUGAGGGGAAUUUGUUUGUUUGUGCAGUCAGAAAGGAAGGUGUGAAUUGAAACACAGGAGUUGGAAAUGACACUGAGAGUUUAGCUCCACACAAAAUGCUGAAGAGACAAUGGAUAUAUAGAGUUUUUCAGACUUCUUCCCAAGCCAGUGCACUGAGGGGUGGUUCCAGGGGUUUCAGCACUAGGAGGUGAUCAGAUUUUUUUUGCUCCAUUUGCAGGCAGAGGGAUGUGUCCUGGUUCUGUUCUGGGGAAGGGAACUGACACUUUGGCCGGAUUAUAAGCAUUUUUCUAGGCUUGAGUCUUUUUUUAUCUGCAUGAUUCAGCCCUGGCAGCUCCAUCACUCGUGUCUGGAUGAGGUGCAUGCUUACAGUAUUGGUGUACUGCCUUUAUGAUCAUUUGGUACCAUUUUCUCUCCCGAUUUUGUGUUUGUUUAUCAGCCCAUUGGUGUUGACCUUGGCUGCAGAGCAGUUGUGCCUGUCAGGAGAAAUGACCUGAGAAGUGAGUUUGGUUACAAGGGUUUUGAUUAACUACUAAAUCCUCUUUUCCUCUGUUUGCUCGGCUGCUGCUGCCAUUGGGAAUGUGUUGGUGAGGUGGGAGAGGCUUUCUGCCCUCAGGAGCAGCCGUUCCCUGGUGUCCUCCCGCCCUGGGGACAGGGAUCAUCAGCUCUGCCGCUCCCUGCAGAGCAGGCAGGGAUCUCUGGAGUGUCUUACAGCUGAAUGGGGUUGUGAGGGGUCAGGGGUGCUUUGUGUCCUCAGAGUGGGGCUGAAUUCACACUCAGAAUGUUCCUGCUUCAGCCGCCGGAGCCCCGCCCGUGGGGUGCCCGUCUGGCACAAAACGGCUCUCGAGUGUUUCUCCGGUCCAUCUAAACCUGCAUUUCUAAUGUAAUUCUCGAGUUGGACCUUCCCCUGUGUGUGAUGAAAGAUGGCAGCAGAAUUAAUCACCUCAUUUCUGGCAAAACGUGCUCUGGAGGGGGAGGUUGAGAGGACGAUGGCACAGGAAGUGUGCAGGAAUUCAGCACCAACAGAGGUGCAGUUUGUGCCUUUAAAAACUCGACAUUCCUUGUGUAGAAAACCAGGAAGAAGAUCUGGGGACUUUCUGUUCCAUUCUGUCAGCUGAAGUGUGUUUUGCAGAGCUGUGUGGAUUUACAGGAGUUUUCUGAGCAGGUUCCUGUGUCCUUCCUGGCUUUGGUUCUGGUUACAGCUGUGUCAUUCUUUGAGCUGUUUGCCAGGCAGCAGCAGCAGCAGAGCUGCCCACAAGUUCUGCAGGCACCAUCCCUGCCUGCUCCUGCUGCAGCACUGCUCACUUGGUAGUACAAAAAAUCAGGUUUUGUCUUCUAAUAAUUAUUAAACCAGAUGUCUUUGAAAGGCAGCUACCCAGCUCAGAUUUAGAAGCCAUUUUAAACGUUUCCAAGUAACUUUUGUUCAGUUGUUUUUCUUGUAAAUAGUUAUGGCCAAUUCUUCCCUUUCCCUAAAGGCAGCUCAGCCCCGCCCCAUGGUUGUAAAAAUCUCUUGCCCAGGUAGAAAAAACAUAGAGUUUAAUCACUUCAGAACCACUCCCCAUCAAUCUCCACAUGUCAGGUGUUGGAAAGCUUCAGGAAAUGCGAAACAAAAAAGGUGUGUAAAAAUGAGGCAGAACAAAAUGAGGGAAAGCCACGUCAGAGUGACUGAACAAGCUCCAUUUUUGUUCCCCUGGGACUGGCACCUCGGGAUGUCACUGUCGGCCUCUGGUCAGGUGCUGUAAAUCCAGUGGCACCAAGGAAUUUGGGGAAGUGGCAGGGUUUGAAUCUCAGUUCUGGUGCUGCUGUGAGUUGUGGGACUGUGUGCUGAGUGCCUGCAGCAGUGUGGAGGUGGGAAGGCCACUGUGACCCCAGCCAGGGGGGCUGCUCUCUCUGUCUUAGUGUCAGUCCCGGUUUCAUGUUCCAAACUAACUGACCACUAACAACCACCUCCUCACCUCUCCCCUUCUCUCCCAUUUACAUUCAGGUACACUGUGCUCUUAAAAAAAAAACAAACAGGGAGAACAUCAGACUGAUGUUUCUCUGGGUAGAAUGGGGGACAGUCGAGUGCUGGGACAGUCGAGUGCUCGGCCAGGACCCGUCCCCGCUCCACUGCUCUGACGGUUCCCUUUUCUCUGGCUGAGCUGGAUUUUUGGAGCAGGAUAACCUUGUUUUCCUUCAAGCAGGGGGCAGUUCUGCGUGUUUUCAGCAGGCUGUACCCAGUGUGUGUGGUGCACAGCCACUGGCAAGAACCAGGAAGCUUCCUAAAGGCACUAUGCAAUGACUGUUUGCUUCCUGGGAGAAAGGGGAGUGCACUCAGCAGAAUCCACACCAGCUGGAGCUCUGAAAGCACAACUUGAUGCAUAAAGUCUGUAAUAUAAGAUGAACAUAAAAUAACAAAUAAUUUUCCCUUUUUCCCCUGAAUGUAGCUCUGAAGAAGGACAGGCUGAGCUGUUCUCAGGGCCCCACUGCCUCCCCUGCAGAGCAGAGUUAACUCUACAGGGCAGUUUCCCCUUGCAGAGCCAGCUCACUCACCCGAGGGUUUAAUUAGCAGGUGAAGGAGGCACUGCUGACCUUAUUUAUUAAGCCAGAAUUAAUUAACUCAGAAGCCUCAUGUUUUCAUUUCAGUGACUCCCGUGGUACAGAUUUUUUGAAGCUGAUCCACAGCACUUGAAAAUACCUCAAUUUUAUCGAUCCUUUUCCAAUUCUAUCAGCUUGCUUACAGAACGCUUGCAAAGAUCAGCCCGUUCUGAAGGGAUCAAUGACAGCAUUUGCAUGGUAGAGUGGCUGCUUUCAUCGCCAGCAAUGGGCUGUCAAACAGCCUGGCAGGGCAGCUCUCCCUGCUCAUUCCUGCAUUUCCCGCCCUGCUCAUCAGCGCUGAGCUGCUCCCACCGCUGCAGGCUCUUAUCUUGUCCUUUUUCCAUCUCCCCUUGAGUCUUCUCUCUUCCUCCUGCACAUGUAGUUACGGUAUUUUCAGCUUUGAGCUGCUUGUGCUGGUUUUUGGAUACUGUGAAGGUGAGUAGGUGUCAUUUUAUGCAGUUGUGCGUGUAUUUGAUUUGUAGGUAAUCUGUUUGUCAGGUAUCAGUUUGUGAUUCUCAUCAUCAGGCCCAGCUGGAAUUGCUUAGAGCAGCAGGAUCCCACUUCCUGCGCUUUCUCUUUCCUAAGAAACUCAUCUCUUCAUUCUUGCACUUCAGUUUGGGAUGUAAACCUUGUGAAAUAAAAUCUGAGUUUACAUUUCAAAUGCAAGUCUGUAAGUUGGUCAUGCCUGCAUGCUCCUUAAAAUGUUAUUUUUUUCUGUAUAAGGUUUUAAGAUUUACAGCAGCAUUUGUAAAGCUUUAGUGGGUGACUUACAAUGUUAAAAAAAGUGUAUGUUGAGGGGGGGGAAAAAGAGCAGCCAAAAAACCCAACAAAAAUGACAAAGGGAUCAUCUUUAUUUCAUAUUUCAGCUGUGUUUGAAAAGAAAUGCCUGCUUGCAUCAACCAGCUCAUGGAACAGGCAGGGAUUUCAUCUGAAGGCAUCCCUGCUGUUUCAGUAAUUCCUCAAGUACUUAAUUCCUUGAGUUCGACACUGGAGUAAAUCCCGUGGAACAACAAAAUGGUUCCUCCCCAUCUCCUUCCUGACCUGGAGCACUUUCCUUUGUAAGACAAAGCAAAAUCCAGGGGGGUUUGACAAGGUCAGUGUAUUAUUUUUCUCCCCUGCUUUUUUCUGGAGAUUCCAGGAGCCUCCCAGAUGUCUGAGAGAGAAAUCCCUGGGGAGCUGGGAUCCCAAAGGAGGAGUAUGGGGACUAAGAACUUGUGUGAGGAGGUGGAACCUGCUGUUUUGCUGUUCUGAACUCCAGGUGUGGUCAUUCUUCCUCAGAAUUAAUUACAGUGUGGAGCAGCUUCCUGCUCUACUCACUGCCCAUCUAAGCAGGAGCUACUCCAGAGUGAAUCCAAAUCUAUUGUUGGAGCAGGGAAUUUAUAACAGCUUCCCUUUUGCUUAGGAACAUAGGAAAUAGAGAAGGCCUUGUUAUUUUAUGAAUUAUAAUCUGAUCAGAUGGCUGCUCUUCAUCUGAAAAUUAUCUUUAUUGUGCAAAUAGGUCCCUCAAAGAUGAAAUAAUUUAAAUCUCAGGAUCAGACAAUGGCAGCUCUGUCUGUAUGUGCUGUUCAGUGUUAGCAGGAGUUUCUACUUUGCCUCCCAGGAAGGCCAGUGGGUUUCACUUGCUGGAGUUUUUCCAGGCAGGAAAAGGGGGUUGAACAGCCACUGCAGGAGCUGCUCUGGGUUGGGGGGCUCUGGGGAGCCAACUGAUACCAAAAUCUGCACCAGGAUCAGGGUUCCUCCACUGGAACCCCUGUGGGGGCUGAGCAGGCUCUGUGCCAGCAAAAUCAGGGGAAACAGUAGAAUUCCAGUGAUUGGUGUAUUUACAUCCAUGCUUUUCAGGAACCAGCAUGAGCUGGUGGUGUUUCCUCAGCCCAGCUCUGAUCUGUGCUGCUCAGCCAGCUGCUUUCACACAAAUUCCUCACCUCUUCCUUUAACAGGGAAUAACUAUUUUCCAGUGAAUGUCACAAAGGGACUGCUGCCCCCCUUUGGGGUGCUGAGCUGGGGUCAGGAGUUUAGUGCUGCUGCUGACACUUUUGAUAUCAAAUCCUUGGGAUACUCCUUUUUACUGUUGGACAAACAUUCUGACCACGCUGAUGCCCUGUGGAGUUUCACUGGCAUUUUCCAAGUGUUUGUACAGUUUCUACAGCUGAAUAUCCUGUAUGUUCUGCUUUGUUGUUUUCUAUUAUGCUUUAUACUGUACUGCAGGCAAGGACUGCAUUAAAACCAUUUUUGGCUAA